GAAAUAGUUAAAUAUCUCGAAACGUAUGGCCGGACAUUGUUUCCCCGUCUCGUGUUCAUAGAAUUAUAGGAGAGAGAAACUUGGUUUGACACCCACGCCGGUAUCGGAGGCCGGAGAUGGAGAAAGCGGUGGUGCUCCGGGAGUGGUUCGACCGCGUGGACGCCGGCCGCACCGGCAACAUCACCGCUCCUCAGCUCCAGAACGCUCUCGCCGUGGGCAACCUUGACUUCCCCCUCUCCGUCGUCCAGCAGAUGAUAAGGAUGUAUGACUUUGAUCGGAACGGCACCAUGAGCUUCGAAGAGUUUCUGGCUCUUAACAAGUUCCUUCAAAAGGUGCAAAGUGUCUUCUCCACCCUAGAAAGGGGUCGUGGAUUUCUCAGUCUUGAGGAGGUGUAUGAGGCAUUAAUCAAACUUGGUUUCUCAUUGGAUUCACCUGCUUUCUACACAGUUUGUGAGAGCUUUGACAAGAGCAGGAAGGGGAUGGUUCAUUUGGAUGAAUUUAUAUCACUUUGCAUUUUUGUGCAGUCAGCUCGUAACUUGUUCAAUUCAUUCGAUACAAGCAAGCAAGGAAGAGUGAGUUUGGAUUUUAACCAAUUUGUUUACUGCACGGCAAAUUGCAGGAUAUAGCUUCUACCUGACACUUGUACGUGGACACACAAACAAAAAGUUUGCAGUGUGAAGCCAUUCACCAAUCAAACCUUAUUUCAGCAUAGGCAGCUGGAUGGUAUUGCAAUUCAUUGUUUGCUAAACAAGGCUUCUUGUACCAUCAUUUUGCUUGAAUAUUCUUCGGGGGCAGCUGCUCGUCAUUUUGUGUCCAAUUUACUAUAAUCAUGGGCUGUAUAUAUAGAAUGAGACAUGGUUUUUUGUGGCUGUAUUUGUAUCAGUAUCAAUUAUGGUUUAGUAUAAAAUAUCAAUUAAUCCAGACAUAAACUCUUUUGUAUUGUGA